AAUGAAACGGAUAUAAUAAAUAUUUUCUAUUUUUUAAUAUCUGCACGAUAAGUAACUAUCGUUAUAGACGCAAGAAGAAAAGAGUUGUAUUCUCUACUUGUAGAGAUCUUUCUUAUAUUUUUAUGACAUCCGAAAAGAAUAGGAAAAAUAAUUGGAACAUCCAACAUAGAAUUACAACAAAAGUUAUCGUCGAAUAAUGAAAUGUAGUUCCACGCAUGGGCUACGCCAGCAGGAUAUUCUGACCGUAAAAGUCUCCUCCUCUCACAUUGACGAACUUGAAACGCAAUGCAAAGUUUCGAGUCCAGUUUGUCGACGUUACAGUCGUUGAGUUAUAUCGAGUAUAAUCGUUCACGAUUUUGAUGGUAACGUUUAUGCGUUCAAAUAUAUUUCAACGGUAAGCUCGAUAACGAGGACGUCACUCAUCGUAAAAAGCGGUACGAAAGAACUGUCCAUCUUCAUCGAGAGAGAAAGAGAGAAAGAAAAAGCAGAGAGAAGUGUAAACGAAAAGGACAUGGAGACACGGAUGAAUAAAAUAGUUUGACUUUCGUAGUGCUCGAUCUCAAUCAUGUUUGGAGAAUCGGACGGUUCGUAAAGGAAAAGAUUUGUUUGAUCUCGACAGAGAUUUUCAACGAUAUCUCGAAGAAUAAUUAAACGUAAUUCGGUGAUAAAAGUGAAUUAAAGGUAUCUCUAUCUGGUAAAGAGAAGAUUACUAUCUCGGAUAAUCUCGGAAGAAAAUACGAUCUUCAAUUUUGGACCCUUCGUAAGAAAUCGUAACGAAUGUGAUCUCUAAUCAAAGUGAAGAUAAAAGAAAAAUCGAUAUUCUUAUUUUUUUUCCACCGGAAACGAGUGAGUCCUGGAAAGAGUAAAUCUUGGUAAAAUCUUUGGAAAUUAUUAUAUUGAUGUAAUAAUUAUAUAUACGAACCAUUAAAAGGAUAAAAUCACCAAGGAAAUAUGUCGGGAGUUAAAGAUAUAUUAAUAACGGCAUUUACAUUGCUAUUAUCAUUUAGCUUGGUGGCUUCCAUUGGCGAAGAGUGUAAGAUCGAUAAUAAACGCGUUACAUGCCAGUGCGAUGGGACUCAGAAGUUGUAUCUACCAGACGAAUACAAUUAUAAGAACGUGACGAGUCUGAGUUUAUCGUCGUGCUUGACGGCAAAUCUACUCUUCUCCAGUUUCACCGAGGAAAAUCAACUCGAAGAACUCGUUGUAAAGAACAUUAACGAACUUUUUACUUUGGAGUUGUUUCUUAAUUCGGUCGAAUUGAAACGAUUCGAAUUGUCGAAUAUAAAGAGAAUACCUUUUGUCAUGCACGACACAUUUUUGAAUAUAAAAAACAUCGAACACUUUGAGAUACGAAAUGUUCACAUCGAUUAUUUCGAAGAACAGUUUACGGCGAUUAAAACGAACCACUUUGUUAUGGCUAAUGUUACGAUAUCUCGUAUGGAAGGAUUCAAUAUCUCGGAAAAGGGUGAAACAUUGCAAAUAAUCAAUUGCGAAUUUCGAAACAUCUCGACGUUGUUAAACUUUGGACACUUUUCCAAAGUGGAGAUCGUUAAUUCGAAAUUUGCGUUGCAAAAAUCGGGAAAUCUUUCGAUUGGAAGCGAACUAGCGAUAAUUCGAGACAAUAUUUUCUUUAACGUAAGCAUGAAUGUCUUCGCUGCAAAGAAUAUAAAGAUAAAUAGCACGUGUGCAGAUGGUAAAAGUUCUCUCAGACUGUCGUCGAAUAAAAUCGAGAGUUACGGUAACAGAUUGCCCACAGCUAUCAUUUACACGAGAGGUCAACCGUCAAACCAAUCGCCAAUCGUUUUGGAAAGCAACAAUACCAUUUGCAAAGCAGGCAAUUGCAAAUGUCCAAAAAGCAAUGGUGAAAAUGCAAAUAGACCGACCAUAAUCAUAUGUUUCUUUGAGAUACUUUUAUUCUUCACGUAUUCGACAGUUCGUCCGUAAUUAAUUCGAUCUAAACGACGUCCGUGUAUUCACCGAAGAACUGACAUAAUCCAAAAUCUACACAACAAUUUAGUUUAUUCGAAAUAUACAAAAUUCUAAAAAUAUCUAAUAAAUAUCAGUAUUACUACGUAAAAAUAUUUUACUACAAAAACCAUCGUUAUUAGGAACUAUUUUAUUAUGUAUGUGAUUAGUGUAUAAAUUAUGCGUAAGAAUGCACUUCAUUGACGGGAUAUAUAAUCUUUCGAAAACAAUCAGUGCAUUACAGAGGUAUGAUAUGAUCGGUUCGUUAUUUUCUAUUAUCGUAUUAAAUCUCAUCCACAUCUUCGUAUCAUCGCGAAUAUCGUCAUUAAUCUAUAUAGUUUUAUUCAUGCAUCCGUAUCGGUCCAAACUCCAGAUGCUUCCAUUUGCAAAUCGAUAGCAGUGGAAUGAAGCGAUAACGAGUCUUUUAAGUCAUUAAUCUCUUGUAACAUCAGUCUGUUAUUUUCUUCUAAACGGCAUAUCGUUUGUUUAUACAACAUUACUUCUUUUUCAUGAUCAGUCUGUACCUUUUGUAUUACUUUGUCUUUAGGUACAUAUGUACCUACAUGAAAAUACAAAGAAAAGGAUUGAAAAGCAUUAAUUAAUAAUAAUUAUAGAGUAAGUAAUAAUAAAUUUUGAAACUAUAUGAACCAGUAGAUUUCUGUAACUGUUCCCGUAGUUUAUUACCGCUCUGUAUGAUCCUUCUUAAUUCGUGUUCGUGUUGACUGUCCUUCGAUAACGAUUGCUUCUUUAACUUGGUUACCUACAGUUUAAGACUAACUUGUUAGAUAUUCUACAUUUGAUAUUAAAAAUAAAUCAUAUAUAACUUAUA